AUGGAGAAACUCCGUCCACUGGACGAAGACAUUUCUCCAUGUCUCUGUCCAGUGGACGGAAGACACGGAACUCCGUCCGCUGGACGGAAAACUGGAGAAAUGUCUCCGUCCAGUGGACGAAGUUCCGUGUCUCCAUCCAACUGUGUCUCCGCGCCGAGCAUAAAGACACGAGAAUGUGCCUCCGUACCCGGCACAGAGAUCCAGCAUGUCUCCUUUUUUUUUGUGCUCCAACUGGAAGGAAAAAAAGAAAGAGGUGGCUCAGGAGGACUAAACAAACUAUGUGGUGUUUCUCUGAAAUACAAACCAUCUAAGGGCAACCGACUCUGCCAAGGACUGAGGAAGAUUUGCAAUAGGGUAUAUUCCAGCAGCAGUGCUCAGAAAAGUACUUCAUGCCCAAAUGUGUCCAUUGUCGUUCGUAAAAUAUUGGAACAGGCUCAACAAAAUGAUGUUCGAAUUGGCGCCAAGCUCGUUCGCCUUCAUUUCCACGAUUGCUUUGUCGAUGGCUGCGAUGGCUCAAUUUUGCUAGAUAAUGCAGAUGGCAUACAGAGCGAAAAAGAUGCUCUUCCCAACAUUAAUUCAGCCGCUGGAUUCGAUGUUGUUGACGACAUAAAAACAGCAUUGGAGAACGUUUGUCCUGGUGUCGUCUCCUGUGCAGAUAUUUUAGCCCUGGCUUCUCAAAUUUCAGUAACCCUGGGAGGAGGUCCAUCAUGGGAAGUUCCUCUAGGCAGAAGGGAUAGCAGAACAGCAAACCCAGCAGGGGCCAAUAGUGACCUUCCUGGCCCUUUCGAGAGCCUUAGUAACGUCACAUCCAAGUUCGACAAUAAGGGUCUUGAUUCCACUGAUUUAGUUGCUUUAUCAGGUGCUCAUACUUUUGGAAGAGCCAAAUGCAGUUCUUUCAGCCCCCGGCUUUACAGUUUCAGCAACACGGGGAACCCUGACCCGAGCAUGGACCCUGCCUACCGGGAUACAUUACGUCAAACUUGUCCUCAAGGUGGAAACGCAGAUACCUUAGCUAAUCUUGAUCCUUCGAGUCCUGAUGGUUUUGACAACGACUACUUCACGAACCUCCAGAGCAACAGGGGACUUCUUCAGACGGAUCAAGAAUUGUUCUCAACAAGUGGAGCUGAUACCGUUGCUAUAGUCAACCGAUUUGGGAAUAGCCAGAGUGAAUUUUUCGAUGCUUUUGUUCAGUCCAUGAUAAAGAUGGGAAAUAUAAGUCCACUGACAGGAAACAAUGGAGAAAUCAGGGCUGAUUGCAAACGCGUUAAUUAG